UUUCAUAAAAUCUAAACAAAGUCCAUGGUCAGCAUUUUCUGCUGUAGCUAGUUCCAUUCCGUGGUUUAUUAUCAACCUUAAACCUUGUUUCUUGUUAUAUUAUCAUCGGUCAAUUUUUCAUUCUUCAAGCUCUCUGCAUCCUCUAAUGGCGCUUUCUGCAACAUUUAUCACUCCUUCACCUUCAACUUCCAAUCUUUAUGCCAAAUUUCGCAAACCCUUUCUCUCCCACUCUGUCUAUCUUCUUAAACCCUUAAAGAUCCAAGCUUCAACUACCUUAGAUUAUUCAAAUGUCUCUGCCAGCGACAAAUCUUCACCAUUGAAGACUAGCAAUUGGCAGUGGAAAUUCAAGGACAAUUCAGUAAAUAUUUAUUAUGAGGAACAUGUGAAGGAGAGUUCAGGGCCUUUACAGCAUAUUUUGAUGAUGCCAACUAUUUCUGAUGUUAGUACUGUUGAGGAGUGGAGAUUAGUUGCUGAAGACAUUGCUAAACGUAAUGGAAGUGUCAAUUAUCGCGCGACUAUUGUUGAUUGGCCUGGUCUAGGUUAUUCCGAUCGGCCAAAGAUUGAUUACAAUGCUGAUGUCUUGGAGAAGUUUUUGGUUGAUUUUGUCAAUUCGCCUGAUGGUCCAGUUAAACAGCCAGACAAUGAGUUGGUGAUUUUUGGAGGAGGGCAUGCUGCUUCAAUAGUAGUCCGUGCUGCAAAAAAGGGUCUGGUGAAGCCCAAGGCUAUAGCUGCUGUUGCACCAACUUGGGCCGGUCCCCUUCCCAUCGUAUUUGGUCGAGAUUCCAGCAUGGAAACAAGAUAUGGCCUUCUAAGAGGCACCUUAAAGGCCCCUGCAGUUGGAUGGAUGAUGUAUAACAUGCUUGUGAGCAAUGAGAACGCAAUCCAAUCGCAAUACAAAUCACAUGUAUACGCCAACCCUGAUAAUGUGACACCAGCAAUUGUCGAAAGCAGAUACGCAUUGACAAAACGAAAAGGAGCUCGUUACUUACCUGCAGCCUUCUUGACUGGGCUACUAGACCCGGUAACAUCUCGCGAGGAGUUCCUUCAACUCUUUGCAGAUUUGGAGGGAAAGAUACCAGUAUUUGUUGUAUCAGCCAAAGGAGCUCCUAAAAGGUCUAAGGCUGAGAUGGAAGCUCUUAAGGGAGCUAAAGGGGUGACCAAGUUUGCGGAAGUGUCUGGCGCACUUCUUCCACAUGAGGAGUAUCCCGCUUUAGUCGCGGAAGAGCUUUAUCAAUUCUUGCAACAGUAUUUUGGCUCUGUCGCUUAAAGUUGGCGUGCGACAGAUGACAGUUGUGUAUCGGAGAAGCUUUCACAGGCAUAAAUGUUUCCACAAAUAGAGGUGACAUGUUUCAUUUGAGAAAAUAUGUUUCUUGGUGAUUAUAAAAUGGUACUAUGAUAUUUUAAUUUUGUUGGAUUUGUAAAAAAAAUUAUGGAAAAUGAUGAAAUUAUACUGAUAUUUAAAAAGAAAACAAGUUAUCCCUAUGGAAGACUUUUUGCAAA